UCGGAUGUCUUGAGCUCUCUACAACGCCACAUGCUUCCAUGGAGGUUGCGCUUGUGCCGAUCUCCGCCGCCGUCUUCACCUUCCUUCUCCUCCUCCUCCCCCACGGUCCGAGCCCAACUGUUUUAGCUGGCGGGCCGGAUGAUCGCUCUGCACUUCUGUCCUUCAAGUCUGGCGUGUCUAGUGAUCCCAAUGGAGCUCUAGCUAGCUGGGGUUCACCCAAUGUGUGCAACUGGACCGGCGUUUCUUGCAACAUGGCGGCGAGGCGCGUCGUGAAGCUGAUCCUAAGAGACCAAAAGCUCUCCGGUGAGGUCUCUCCGGCACUCGGCAACCUCUCCCACCUCAACAUACUCAACCUCUCGGGAAACCUCUUCACCGGAAGGGUUCCGUCGGAGUUGGGGAAUCUCUUUCACCUCACUUUACUAGACAUGUCGGCCAAUUCGUUCUCCGGUGAAGUCCCUCCGGAGCUCGGCAAACUCUCUAGCCUCAACUACUUUGACCUCUCCGGAAACUCGUUUACCGGAGGAGUGCCGCCGGAGCUCGGGAACCUCUCCAACCUGAAGCAAUUGAGCAUUGGGGGGAACAGUUUGGAGGGGCCAAUUCCGGUUGAGCUCACACGCAUUCCGAACCUCAUCUACCUCAACCUUGGUGAAAACAACUUGUCCGGGCACAUCCCGGAGGCCAUCUUUUGCAACUUCUCCAACUUGCAGUACAUUGAUCUCUCCUCCAAUUUCCUUGCCGGCGAGAUCCCCAUCCGGGGGGAUUGCCCACUCCCUGAGCUGAUGUUCUUGGUCUUGUGGUCGAACAACCUCGUCGGCGGCAUCCCGCCGUCGAUAUCCAACUCGACGAAGCUCAAAUGGCUGCUGCUGGAGAACAACUUCCUCACCGGCGAGCUGCCGUCCGGCAUGUUCAGCGGCAUGAGGGACUUGGAGCUCCUGUACCUCUCCUACAACUACCUGACGAGUCCGGAGAACAACACCAACCUUGAGCCUUUCUUUGCCUCCCUGACAAACUGCACCAGCUUGAAAGAGCUUGGCGUCUCCUGGAACGAGAUCGCCGGCACGAUACCGCCGCUUGUCGGCCGCCUCUCCCCCGGCCUCAAGCAGCUCCACCUGGAGUACAACAAGAUCUUUGGCCCGAUCCCGGCGAACCUCACCGACCUCGCGAAUCUCACCACGCUGAACCUGUCCCACAACCUCCUCAACGGCUCGGUUCCACCGGGCAUCGCCGCCAUGCAGCGGCUCGAGCGGCUGUACCUCUCCGACAACCUGAUCUCCGGCGAGAUCCCGCCGCCGCUCGGCACGAUCCCACGGCUGGGCCUCAUCGACCUCUCGCACAACCGGCUCACCGGCGCCAUCCCGGCCACGCUCUCCAACCUCACGCAGCUGCGCGUGCUCGUGCUGCGUCACAACCGCCUCUGCGGCGCCAUCCCUCCGAGCCUUGCCCAGUGCGUGAACCUGCAGAACUUUGAUCUCUCUCAGAACGCGUUGCAGGGGAGGAUCCCGGCAGACCUGUCCGGGCUCAGUGGCUUGCUCUACCUGAACCUCUCCAGCAACCAGCUGGAAGGGCCGAUCCCGGCGACCAUCAGCAAGAUGGUGAUGCUGCAGGUGCUCAACCUGUCGUCGAACAGGUUGUCCGGCACGAUCCCGCCGCAGCUCGGCAGCUGCGUCGCGCUCGAGUACUUGAAUGUCUCCGGCAACGCGCUGGACGGCGGCCUCCCGGACACCAUCGGCGCCCUGCCGUUCCUGCAGGUUCUUGACGUGUCGUACAAUGGCCUGACGGGCGCGCUGCCGUUGUCGCUGGAGACGGCGGCGUCGCUGCGGCGUGUCAACUUCUCCUACAAUGGCUUCUCCGGGGAGGUGCCGGGCACCGGGGCCUUCGCGAGCUUCCCGGCGGACGCAUUCCUCGGCGACGCUGGCCUAUGCGGGCCCGUUGCCGGCUUGGCUCGGUGCGGCGGCGCAAGGCACCGCGUGGUUCGUGACCGGCACGUGGUGUUGCCCGUGGUGAUCACGGUCGUCGCGUUCGCGUCGGCUAUCGUCGGCGUCGUCGCGUGCCGCGGGGCGGCGAGAGCGGAGCUGAGGCGAGACUCGCGCCGCUCGAUGCUGCUGACUGACGCCGACGAGCCGGCGGACAGGGACUACCCGAGGGUGUCGCACCGGGAGCUCUCCGAGGCGACGCGCGGCUUCGAGCAGGCGAGCCUCAUCGGAGCGGGGCGGUUCGGGCGCGUCUACGAGGGCACGCUCCGCGACGGCACGCGCGUCGCCGUCAAGGUGCUCGACCCGAAGAGCGGCGGCGAGGUCUCCCGGAGCUUCAAGCGGGAGUGCCAGGUGCUGCGGCGGACGCGCCACCGGAACCUGGUGCGCGUGGUCACCGCGUGCAGCCAGCCGGACUUCCAAGCGCUCGUGCUCCCGCUGAUGCGCAACGGCAGCCUCGAGAGCCGCCUGUACCCGGCCGACGGCGGGCCGGGCCGCGGCCUCGACCUCGCGCAGCUGGUCGCCAUCGCCGGCGACGUCGCCGAGGGGCUCGCCUACCUGCACCACUACGCGCCGGUCCGCGUCGUGCACUGCGACCUCAAGCCGAGCAACGUCCUCCUCGACGACGACAUGACGGCCGUCGUGGCCGACUUUGGCAUCGCGCAGCUGGUCAAGGACGCCGGCGACAGCGACUUCGGCGGCAACACCGGCUCCGGUGAUCCGUGCAACUCCAUCACCGGAUUCUUACAAGGUUCAGUCGGCUACAUUGCACCAGAGUACGGAUUGGGAGGGCAUCCUUCGACGCAGGGCGACGUGUACAGCUUCGGCGUGAUGCUUCUCGAGCUGAUCACCGGGAAGAGGCCGACCGAUGUGAUCUUCGAGGAGGGGCUGACGCUGCACGAUUGGGUGAAGCGGCACUACCCGCACGACGUCGGCGAGGUCGUCGGGCAGUCGUGGCUGACGGACGCGGCGUCGGCGGUGGCGGACGAGAGGCUCUGGAACGAUGUCAUAGCCGAGCUGAUCGACCUCGGGCUCGAGUGCACGCAGCACUCGCCGUCGGCGCGGCCGACCAUGGUGGAGGUGUGCCACGGGAUCACCCUCCUCAAGGAAGACCUCGCCAAGCACCUGGGCACGGCGGCGAGGAGGACGACGUCGAUGAUGACGAUGACGGCUAGCGAGCGCUCGUACUCCACCACGGAUUCGUCUUUCUGAUGUUCAAUUACGCAAAAAAAAAGUUCAGGAUUUAGGAACAAGCUGCAGGCACUGGGCACUUUGGUACUUGUAUAUGUAGGCAUGUAGCUCCCUUGUGAGAAAUGCGAUGUUUAGCUAGCCGUCGCUCUGGUAAGGGGCGGUAAAGAGUCUUAAGCCUAGAUAAUCUAAGGGCCUAAUCCUAUAAGA